GGGUCAGGGAGGAAGGAGGCCCGGGAGCUAAACGCGGAGAGCACAGGGAGACCCCGGGCAGGGCGGGCUGCACUCGCGGUGGCACAGGGUGGCCGCGGCGGGUCCCAACCGCCUGGUGGCCCCUCGGGCUUAGCACGCCCGACAGCCCUAACGCUCCGGGGCCGGCCCAGCAAAUCUUUUGUCCGGGGCGGCGCUGAGCCAGCAGGGCGCUGCCCGGUAUAAACGGGGACCCGCGGAAGGGGCGGGGCGCACCAUGGCGCAGCGCUCGGGGAAGAUCACUCUCUAUGAAGGCAAGCACUUCACAGGGCGGAAGCUGGAGGUCUUCGGGGACUGUGACAACUUCCAGGACCGGGGCUUUAUGAACCGAGUGAACUCCAUCCGCGUGGAGAGCGGAGCCUGGGUCUGCUUCGAUCACCCCGACUUCCGGGGCCAGCAGUUCAUCUUGGAGCACGACGACUACCCCGACUUCUUCCGCUGGAGCAGCCACAGUGACCACAUGGGCUCCUGUCGGCCUGUAGGAAUGCACGGGGAACACUUCCGCCUAGAAAUCUUCGAGGGUUGCAACUUCACGGGCCAGUGCCUGGAGUUCCUGGAGGACAGCCCCUUCCUCCAGAGCAGGGGCUGGGUCAAGAACUGUGUGAACACCAUCAAGGUGUACGGGGACGGAGCAGCAUGGAGCCCUAGAAGCUUCAGAGCUGAGGACUUCCAGCUGAGCAGCUCUCUUCAAUCAGAUCAAGGACGGGAAGAGGCCACCACAAAACCAGCAACAACCCAGCCACCUUUCCUGACUGCAAACUUUUGAGCCUGGAACCGAUUGACAUGUAAAUGCACCUGCACCGUUUCUGAGCCAGGACAGUGUUUACUUAAAAUCAUGCCCUCAGUUUUCAUUUCUCUGCCAGUUUGUUAGGGAGGUGGAGCCUUCUGUGUGUCAUAUCUGCCAGCGGGAGGCCCUCCCCACCCAUGGCAAGGGCCCUGUCUCUUCUGAAACAGCCAUCCAACCCUCCACCCCACAGCCUCCUUGGGCCUUGGCACCCUGCUGGCCUCAGGCCUCCACAAUCUCGCACCUCUUAGCCCACAGCUGAUGACGGUGAUGAUGUUGAUGAAUAUUUAUGGAGCACUGACUUAAUGCCAGGCUCUGUAGUAGCUGGAAUCUGUGUAAUUUUACUUAUCAUAUACAAUAAUGCCAAGAUGAUGAUAUGCUUAUCACCACUGUACAGAUGAGGAGAGCCAGCCACAGACAGGUUAAGCAACUUGCCCAGGGUCACACAGCAGUCAGGACUAAAACCCAGGUCUGGCUGGCUGAUUGAUCCUUUUCGUUCCUAACCACUCCUGUAUAGAGCACCACACAUUUGCAUAUUUAGAUAUAUUUUUGUCAUGAAUUUGGUGCAAACCCAAAGCCUCUCCAGGCCUCAGACCCUGUUCUGUGAAAUGAGCGCAAUCAUGUCUGUUGUACCAACUGUAUACCCUUGUAAAAGUCAAAGGCGUGACCCAUGAGCGGGUGCCAUAUGAGGGCUGGUUAGUAGUAGGUGACCCAGUAGGUGACGGGGUGGGGAAGCAGGCAGGGGAGUGGCAUCACAGGAGAGAAGGUAACUUGGCUCCAAAUUCCAACCUGAUUCCCACUCCAUCCCUCACUAGGAUGUGACAUUGGAGAAGCCACUGCUGUGUGUCUCAGUGUCUUCAGACGUACAGCAGUGGUAAUCAUUCCGCCCCCUCAUAGGCAAUUAAUGCCUGGGGAAUGAAAUGAGAACUGCAGGCCCCACCGGUUCAGUCCAGGUCCUUGGGAGUCACGGGAAAAACCAGGCCUAGCAGCCCUUCCCAUGAGUUCCAGAGGCUUCCCCUGAACUCUUCCUCUCCUCCCCAGCACCAAGGCCUAGCAGCACCUCAUUAACUGGUGAUUUAAUGCUUCUCAAAUGGGCUUUGUGCUCCUGGGUGACCUCCCCCUCACCCCAGCCCCCUGCUCCCUAAUCUGUCAGCAAAUCUGCUUUUUGUCUGAAAGAGGAAAAACAAGAUUCCCACCAAAGUGCUUGUGGGCAGCUUGUAAUUUAUCUGAAGUCCGUCCAGGGGUCGAUGGACCGAGGGUGAGAGGCCCUCAAGAGCCACACAUGCUUCACAUAUUUCUACCUCCCUCUGUGGUUUGGAAAGCUGGGACUUUCACAGAGCCAUCGCCUCAUGUCCUUAGCCCUAGGUCCCCCUGCCCUGCCGGCCCCCUGCGCACUGUUUAUCAGGCCCAGUCUGACUACAGAAAAAACAUUCCCUUUGAAUCCCCCCAGCCACCCCAUCCCCCGUGCCAAGAAGUUCCUCUCACCAGCCAAGGGCUGGUCCAAGAAGUCUCUGUUGGCCCCUUCCCCUUCCUGGGCCUCCCUCCCGUGCCCCGAGGUGGCCUGCGCCUGGCAGGCUACCGCCUUCUUGGCUGGAGGCUUCUUGGCUCGCCUCUUCACCCCACUGGGUGCCUUAAGAGCAGGGCUGUCCUGCCUGUGUUCCCCCCAGGAAGCCACAACAGAUCUUCAGUCAAAGCCUGUUGGAUGAGUUUGAGCCCAGGGAUGUCAAAAAAAAAAAAAAAGAAGAAGAAGAAAGAAAAAGACAAACUAACAAAAAACUUGUCGAAUGAGACAGAUUUAAAGGUUUAGCUCCAGAGUUUCAGUCUGUGAAGAUGACAGACUUCUGGAGACAGACAGAUGGUGCUGACGGCCGCACGACUAUGUGUGUGUACUUAAUGCCACUCAACCACACACUUCAAAUGGUUAGGAUGAUAAAUUGUAUGUGUAUUUUGCCAUAAUCAAAAAAAUUAACUCCUUGUUGCUGAGGUGCUCAGGACUGUGGGGGGCAAUGUGGGAAUGAAGGCCCUCGCUGGAUCCCAGGGAACCCUGUGGGUCUCCUGUGCGACCAUGCCCCACAUUCCCUACCUGAAGAAGCUAUCACCUGCUUAUUGAUUGCGUGGGUCCCAUCGGCUUGGCAGGGCUCUUGGCUGCGGCUGCUGGGGAGGCUGAGAUGCAGGAGGAGGAAGAGGAGGAGGAGGAGAAGGUCCUUGUCCUUCAGCAGGGAUCCCUGGAGCGUCCCUGUGGUUGCCUGGGACUAACCCUGCCUUCCGGACCCCCAGGACUUAGUAGCCCAGGUCUGGGGACACCAGGAAGGAGUGACUUGGGCAGCCUGCCCUGAACAGCGAGCAUUUGUGUGAACAGGCUCCUGGCUUCCUUGCCUGUGGACAGCCCUCUUUGGAAUUGUGAUUUAAAAGGAUCCUGUGGAGCCCAGCCGGCGUGGGCUGUGCAUGGAGGGGUGGCAGCCCUGGACCCAGCCUUGCUGGGGCUGGGGGAUGG